GUGACGGCAUGCCCCAAGACUCGUUUGGACCUUUUACUCAGUGUUGUCUGAAUCAAAGCUAUAACCCAACAACAUAGAUCUAUUGUGAGGGAAUCAUUAUCUCAAAAACGAAUACAAACGACAACUGUUGUUGUGGAACAAAAUCUAUGAAUUCUGAGGAACAAAUUUGCUGCAACGGAGAGUAUGUUCAAGAGGCCAGAGGUGGUAAACUUGCUCGAUGUUGCGGUCAGUACAGUUAUAAUUCAAAAACGGAACUCUGCUGUAAUAUGAUUGUGACUGUUAAAGCAAAACAAUCUGACAAUUGGUGCUGUGGUAAUACAACAUUUAACAAUCGAGAAGAUAUAUGCUGUGAUGGAGUAGAACCGCAACAGAAGAAAGGACCUGAUACACAGUGUUGCGGACUUGAAAGUUACGAUCCUCGAAAUCAAUUGUGUUGCGAUUCUUUGCUUGUUAAAAAAGCGAAAGGUAGCGAAGAUUGUUGUUGUGGAAUGACCCCAAUUGAUUCUAGAGUUCAAAUAUGUUGCAAUGGAAAACCCCAGGAUGGUACUAUACAAACACAUGACUGUUGUUUAGAAAACAGUUUUGAUAUCAAGAACGAAAUUUGUUGCGACGGUACUAUUAGAAGGAAGAGAAAACCGGAGGACGAUUGUUGUUGUGGAAAAACAACAGUAGAUGCUAAGAAAGAAAUAUGCUGUGAAGGGAAUCCACAGAACGCUUUUAGAAUGACAUAUCCUCAAUGCUGUAGCAAAGAUAGUUACGAUUCUUUGAAAGAAAUAUGCUGUGAUGGAAAGAUAGUUUCUAAGAAGGAGAAAAGCGAUGAUUGUUGCUGUGGAAACUCAUCAAUGAAUACUUUGACUCAGAUAUGUUGUAUGGAAAUUCCACAACCAAAAUUUGGCAAAAAUACAAAAUGUUGUGGGGCCACCAGCUACAACUUUAAUGAAUAUUUGUGCUGCAACGGGACCACUAUCACAGAGAAAACAGACAAAGAUGACAACUGGUGUUGCGGAGAAACGACUUUAGACACCGAUAAUGAAAUCUGCUGUGAAGGAGAACCUCAGCCAAAGAUCGUUGGAGAUAAAACUCAUUGUUGUCACAAAAAAAGUUAUGAUCCAAGUAAAUUACUUUGUCAUUUUAAGAAGCUUGUUCGAAAGAGAAAAGAAGACGAUGACUGUGUAUGUGGUGAAACAACCCUUACAGUUAAAACAGAGAUAUGUUGCCAUGGUGUACCAGUGGGUAAAUUGGACGGAAUAUACACAUCAUGUUGCGGUAAUAAAACCUAUUCCACAAGAAAUGACAUAUGCUGUGAAGAUAAAGUAAUCAGAAAGAAGACAUCUUUGGAUGACGACUGUUGCUGUGGUAAAACCACAAUAAAUUCAGAAACACAUAUAUGUUGCGAUGGUGAACCACAGAGAGCUGUUGCUGGUGUAAAGACGAGAUGCUGUGGAAAAGAAAGCUAUAGUCCUAAAAUGCAUAUCUGCUGUCAAGGAAGUCUUAGAUCUAAAAGCCGUGAAACAGACAAUUGGUGUUGUGGCGACACUACGUACAAUACCAAAACUGACAUUUGCUGUGAUGGAAAAGUUCCUCGGCCCGCUGUGGGAGGUUUAUCGAAGGCACGAUGUUGUGGAAGUAAUUCGUAUGACUCUCAAAACUACAUGUGUUGUGAUCUAAUGAUUACAAAAAAGCGUGAUAAAAGGGAUAACUGGUGUUGUGGAAAUACAACAAUGUAUGUAAAUGAAGAGAUUUGCUGUCAAGGAAUCUAUCCGCGACCUAAAAUCGAUGGCAUACGGACACAAUGCUGCGGCAAUGAUAGCUACAUUUCCAAAACACACAUGUGCUGCAACCAAAAUGUCGUGUCUAAAACCAAUAACGACGACGAUUGCUGCUGUGGGUUACAAACUAUGAAUUCCAAAUUACAGAUCUGUUGUUCUGGUUCGGUACAAAAUAUAAAAGAAAAUAGUCUAACAUCUUGUUGUGGCUUCAAAAGCUUUGACAUACGGUCAGAGAUCUGUUGUGAAGGUGAUAUAAGAAUUAAAAAGGAAAGGAAAGAUGACUGUUGUUGCGGAAAUACUACAAUGAAUGCAAAGUCAGAGCUGUGUUGUGAAGGGGAACCAGUCCUCAAAAUAGGCGGAUACUUCAGUGACUGUUGUGGGAAGAGAAGUUACGAUACUACUAAAAACUUAUGUUGUGACGGAAAAAUGACAGAAAAGCGAAACAGAGAAGAUAACUGGUGCUGUGGCUCAACCACUCUAAACACCAGAGAUGAAAUCUGCUGUAAUGACAAACCUGCAGAAAGAAAAGCAGGAAGACAAACUCAGUGUUGUGGCACGAAAAGUUUUAAUCCUUCCGAAAUGAUAUGUUGUAAUAAGGGAGAACUUAGGAAGAAAGCUAACGAUAAUGAUAAUUGGUGCUGCGGUGACAGUACAUUUAAUACAAGAAAUGGAAUUUGCUGUAAUGAUGUUCCACAGGAGCGUGUAGGUAAGAAUACGAAGUGCUGUGGCACUGAAAGCUAUAAUUCGGAAACUUACAUGUGUUGCAAUGGUAGCAUCAGAAAGAAAGCUAUGAUUGAAGAUGAUUGUUGUUGUGGAGAUACAACUAUGAAUGCGAAAACGCAAAUCUGUUGUCUUAACAAACCUAGGCCAAAAUAUGAAAAUACUACAACCUGUUGCGGAGACAGCAGCUACGAAACAGACAACCAGGUGUGUUGUUAUGGUAAAGUAAGAAAUAAGAAACAAAGGAAAGAUGACUGUUGCUGUGGAAACACUACAGUUGAUAGUAAAUCUGAGAUUUGCUGUAUUGAUAUGCCCCAGGGCAAAAAAGGCCCAUUUACAAGAUGUUGCGGACGAAUAAGCUAUGAUCCAAGAUCAGAAAUUUGUUGUAAUGGUGUAGUAAGAGAAAAGAAUAAGGAAGGCGAUAAUUGUUGUUGUGGGGAUACAACAAUAAAUACCGAGUCUCAGAUUUGUUGCACAGAAGUGCCCCAGCAGUUUUAUGGUCCUCAAACAAGAUGUUGUGGCAAAAAGAGUUAUGAUUCAGAUAAAAGUAUUUGCUGUGAUAUGUCUGUAGUGGAAAAGAAAAAAACAAACGACAAUUGGUGCUGUGGCAAAAAUGAAACAUUUAACACUAAAGACCAAGUAUGUUGCCAAGGAAUGUUCCCUAGACCAGCCUUGGCAGGAAGAAAAACAAAAUGUUGUGGGAAACUUAGUUACGACCCGUCAAAGGAAAUGUGUUGCAAUGGGAAGCUAAGAGACAAGGUAAGUUCUGAAGAUGAUUGCUGUUGUGGGAAUUCCACAAUGAAUGUCGCUUCACAGAUAUGUUGCAGCGGUGUACCACAGGAAUCUAUUGGCCCUAUGACAUCUUGUUGUGGAACAGUUAGUUAUGAUAGUGAACAGUACAUAUGUUGCGAUGAAGAUGUCCGGAAGAAACGAAAUACCAAAGAUGAUGGUUGCUGUGGUAAAACAACUGUAGAUGCUAAAACAGAAAUAUGCUGUUCUGGAAAUCCAAAACAGCUAGUUGGAAACGAAUUCACGGAUUGCUGUCUUCAUGAAAGUUAUGACACAAGAUCUGCUUUAUGUUGUGACGGUAUAAUGAUAACAAAAAGAAAUACUACAGAUAACUGGUGUUGCGGGUCUACAACAAUCAACACUGCCAGUGAAAUUUGCUGCAACGACGUGCCAGUGCUUGCAAUAGCGGGACGAAGAACACUGUGCUGUGGAACAAAGAGUUAUGAUUCUGAUUCUCACUUUUGCUGUGACACUGGCGAUCUCAGAAAGAAACGAGGCACGGGUGAUAACUGGUGUUGUGGAAAUACAACAAUGAAUACAGCGCUUGAAGUAUGCUGUCAAGGUAAAACACGGCAAAACAAGAAAGGUGAAAUAACACAGUGUUGCGGAGAAAUAAGUUACGACGCUAGCACACAUAUUUGCUGUGACAAUCUAAUAUUCAAGAAAAAGAAAGAUAGUGAUGAUAGUUGCUGUGGAAAGCAUCCAGUAACUGCAGGAGAAGAGAUGUGCUGCCUUGAAACACCACAACCAGGAGGGAUAUAUAUGUCGUGUUGUUUAGACAGGAGUUACGACACACGCAACGAACUUUGUUGCGAUGGAGAAGUCAGAGAAAAGCGUGAGAAGGCAGAUGACUGCUGUUGUGGAAAUACGACUCUAGACGCAAUAAGAGAAAUAUGCUGCAUAGAUACCCCGCAACCUUUGAAAGGUAGAGAUCAAGCAAGCACACGUUGUUGCGAGAAACAAAGCUAUGCAAUCUCAACAGAACUAUGCUGUGAUGGCGAAGUCAUUAAUAAAACAAAAAUAGAAGACAACUGGUGUUGCAAAAAGAGAUCGUUCAACGUCAAGACUGAAAUAUGCUGUCAAGGCGAGAUGGUGCAACCGGCAUUUGGCAAUCCAAAGAAAGCAAAAUGUUGUGGAAUAUAUAGCUAUGAUCCAGACACACAUAUAUGUUGCAACGAUGAAAUAAGAAUGAAAUCUUCUAUGGAAGAUAACUGUUGUUGUGGAAAUUAUACCAUGAAUUCAAAAACACAGGUAUGUUGUGGCGGAUCCGUUGUUCAACCAACAUAUGGACAAGCAACUGAGUGUUGUGGAAACAAAAGCUUUAAUCCAAAGGACUAUGUUUGCUGUAAUAAAAAAACAGUGCAAAAGAAAAAUGUUAAAGACGAUUGUUGUUGCGGCGGUACGACAUUAGAUUCAAAAACUGAGAUAUGUUGUAUUGAUACUCCACAACAAAUUAUAAAUGAAACAAAAUUCACUUCAUGUUGCGGCAAUGAAAGUUUCAACAAACGCACUCAUCUCUGUUGUAGGGAGGGAGUCAGGAAAAAACGUAAGCCAGCGGACGAUUGUUGCUGCGGAUUAACGACUGUUGAUGCGAAAACAGAACUUUGCUGUGAUGGUGAACCUCAGGAACUAACAAACAAAGAGUUUAGCAAAUGUUGCGGAAAACAGAGCUAUGAUGCUACCAGAUAUCUUUGUUGCGAUGGAGAGAUGAGAGAAAAAGAAAAAGCAGAAGACAAUUGGUGUUGUGGAUCGAAAACACUUGAUACUAAUUCACAAAUUUGUUGUAAUGGGAUACCAGCACCAGCACUUGAUAACAUCACACUUUGCUGUGGAGUUCAAAGUUUUUCGCCAAUGGAAAAGAUAUGUUGUGAUGGAAUACGACUAGUAGAUAAAGAAAAUGAAAAUGAUAAUUGGUGUUGUGGUGAAAACAGAACAUUAAAUAUUCGAGAUAAACUAUGUUGUGAAGGAACUCCGCAGGAAAAGAUAGGAGGUAAAUUGUCUUCUUGCUGUGGGAGACAAAGCUACGACGUUAGAAAGCAUUUAUGCUGUAACGAGGAACUAGUCGAGAAACGAAGACGAACUGAUGAUUGCUGUUGUGGUGAAACGACAAUGAACUCUGAAGAUGAGAUAUGCUGUAAUGGUUUACCUAGUAAACCAGGCGGAGAUAUGAAGUAUGGUUCAUGCUGCGGAAAUAAAAGUAUGAACACACAGCUUGAAAUAUGUUGUGAAGGUAUUGUAAAACAAAAGAAUAACGCGACUGACGACUGUUGCUGUGGUAGAAAAACAAUGGACUCUAAUUUGCAGGUUUGUUGCGGUAAUAUUCCACAACCAAAGAAAGCAGGUAAGACCACACGCUGUUGCUACUCUGAGAGCUAUAAUCCUGCAACUGAAUUAUGUUGCGAUAAAAUGAUAAUGGUUAAAAACAGUACUGACGAUAACUGGUGUUGUGGAAAAUUUUCAUUUAACACGAAAAAGGAAGUUUGCUGCAAUGACCAACCACAGCUGAAGAGAGGUGAAAAUACGAAGUGCUGCGGGACAACUAGUUUUGAUGGUGAUAAGUAUUUCUGUUGCGAUGGAAACAUGCUGAUUGAAAAGACAACUGAAGAUGAUAAUUGGUGUUGUGGAAACAGCACAAUCAAUACUAGGAAACAAAUGUGUUGUGACGAAACACCUGCUCCUAAAUUUGGAGCAAACACAAGAUGUUGCGGAACAGAGAGUUAUGACAAAACAAAAAAAGUUUGUUGUGACAAUCGUAUAGUUAAUAAAGAUAAAGACGAUGAUGACAUGUGCUGCAGAAAUAGAACAUUCAAUCCAGUUACAAAAAUGUGUUGUAUUGAUAUGGUAAGUGAUAGACCAGCUGGUCCUGACUCUAUGUGCUGUGGAAGAAGACCGUACGACCCUAAAACUGAAAUUUGCUGUAACGACCUAAUGAUACUAAAGAAAUCAAGUGAAGAUGAUAAUUGUUGCUGUGGGAACAUGACAUUUAAUUUAGCCAAUGAAAUUUGCUGCGACAUGCAAACAGGACAAAUAGAGUCAGUUGAUCCGAAAGACACUCAGUGCUGUGGUAAAGAGUCUUAUAAUAUACAGACUCACGUUUGCUGUAAUGGUAAAAAGAUGCAUGCACCAGGAGGACUCAGAAAUACAAGGUGUUGUGGAAAUGAGGCUUAUAAUAUUGAGACACAUGUUUGUUGUGACGGUCGCAUGAGUAAAAAGGAUAAACCAGGAGACACUUGGUGUUGUGGUAAGAACACGUAUAAUCCAGCAACACAAGUGUGUUGUCCAAAAGAACCGGAUGAUGUACCACAACCAGUAAAGAUUAAGAAGGUGACGAGAUGUUGUAAUGGCGUCAGCUACGAUCCUACUGUAGACAUAUGCUGUGAGGGUGUAUUGCAACAUGCGUGGUUGGGAUUUAAGACACGUUGCUGUGGAACCAGAAGUUAUAAUCCAGUAAAAGGCAUUUGUUGUAAUGGAACAAUGAUAGAGAAAGUACGGGUACCAUAUGAUGACUGUUGUUGUUGUGGUAAAACGUACACCAGCUCUAGUCAGAUUUGCUGUAACUGCAAGGUGCAGGGUAAAUGCGGAGGUAUACAUACUAAAUGCUGUAAUGACAGAAGUUACAAUUCAGAGUUGUAUUUGUGUUGUGAUGGUGAAAUCAAACCAAAGACGUAUGGGGACAAGUCCUACUGUUGCGGAAAAUUUGUUUAUACACCAUCGGAAGCCAUAUGCUGUGGUAAAUACGUACGGAAGAAAUAUGGAGAAAUCGAAUGGUAGUAACUAAGAGAUGGUAAAGAAUAAUGACAUCUUGUUAGCAAAGUGCUAUAUUCCGUUAUAUGUUAUAUCACAUUCCAUUUGUAUUUCAUUGAUGUAUUGAAAUACAAUACAGUGAGGUAUUUCAAAAUUUAUCACGGGAAGGAUGGAAACCUGCAGCAUGUGUAAUUUAUGACGUUCUGCAUGACAAUGAAAUUAGGUCUGGGCGUCGUUUAUAACUAACAUCUCCACGAAAUUCCCUCAGUUAAAUGAGCGUCAUGAUAUUGUAAUUUGUAUCUAUAUGGUCAAUUUUAACAGAUGCUUUCUCGUACUACACCUACACUAUAUCAUAGUCAUAAUCAUAAUAUUCUACAACAACUACAUCAUCUCUAACAUUUGUUGUUUUCUGAGCCUAGAUUUGAUAUUGGAUCCUGUAAAUGCAUUAAACAGUAGGUAUCUUUGUUCCGUUUAUUGCGAUAUAACAUUGAUUGCGGACAUGUAUCUUAACAAAAAAUGUAUUAAUCACACACUGGAUACAGCAAGAAAUAUCUUCCAUUUUCAUGAAUAAUUUUAUAUGAUGCAGGUUAUUGUCCCUUUCUUUGAGCUUCCCCUCUAUACUUGGAGAGUAGUAAUUACCCAACCGAUAGUUUUCUAAGGCUGUCAAAUCGGAUGAAUGAAAGUUCCGGCAAAAUCACAUCUCCCAUACGUAUAAAGAGAGAGUGGGAGUAUAUUUAAAAAACAGUGUAUGAUUUCUUGUGUCAAAUAAUAAGAACAAAAAUGCAACGUUAUUGCCAGUGUUUAAAAGCUCGCAUUCAAAGCUGAAUGUUGCAGAGAUUUUGCAGUAACGUGCACAUAUUGAAGAAUAUAACUAAAUGUUUAUGAGACCUCCUGUAUCAUAUUUUAACGUUUGUACAUUUCGUUUAAUUGUAUGUAUAUUUUAACAUUAUGGUGACUGAUAGUUUAUAGAUUUUUUUUGUUAUACAAUUGUAUCUUGAGGACGCCAGUUGAGUGGUUUUAUUCAAACUGAUAACCCCUGUUAAGUAUAAUUCAAAUUUUUUGAAAUUAAUAUCAAAUAUUGAGAAAAUCAGUCUCAGAGAGUUCUAAAGUUUUAGUGUGAUUUUUUUUUAAUUCUAGUAAAAUUCUAGAAAGAAUGUAGUCUUCAACUUUCACUAAAAAUAAAAAAUUCACAGUCUUGACUGAUCUUUAGAAGUGUCUCUGCUGAUCAUUCUAAAACCAGCAAUUUAGCUUGUUUAUAUACAAAUAAAUGAUCUAUGCUGAUGACUGAAAAAAACGAGUAUUACAACUCCUGGUGGUCCUAACGAUAAUAUCUGCUGUCAAAGCGCAACUGUGUCGUAGCAUGCACCAAGAAUCACCCUUAACUCCAGUACAGACACGGGCUGACUGUUUCGAUCCGUCAAAUAUACUUUAAAUGAAUGGUGAACUGCAAAUUAACAGGGUAGGUUGUUUCUGAAGUCUUGAAAAUCGGCCAAAGUAAUGACAAAUCUUUGUUCAUCCGGAACGAAUGCCCUGUAAGACAUCCUGAUAUUUUUCAAAUCAAUUUACUCUGCUCGGAAAUAUUUGUAUUUUCUCAUAUGUCUUAUUCAAAGACGACUUUGAUAAAGAUGGACGAUUUACGUAUUGCCAUUUCAGACGGGUGGACGGAUAGCUUAGUGGUUUGCACACUGGCCUUCCAAUCCUGAGGUCGGGGUUCGAUCCCCGGCAGCUACUCGGGAAUUUUCAGAAACGCUUUUCAGUGUUUCCCACCCAACUAGAGGUGUACUGGUCAGGAGCCCAGGCAAUCCUUGCGUGUAUCAGUGCUAUACACUGGGCACGUUAAAGAACCAGGCUGUCAAUUCCCAAGAAGCUAGGCUAAGUUAGCCGGACAAGCCUGUAUCUGAUUUCUGAUCUCUCUGUCGUGGGGGCUUUGUCUCACUCUGUCCCUCUGGUCAUAUCGUUCUGUGUCUGUACUAGUAGAGGAUGAAUUAUGCGCCCUGUGUGGCUGCAUUUGAACUAUGUAAAGCGCCUUUGAACGUGAAAUUAAUCAUGAAAAUGGCGCUAUAUAAAUCUGGUAUAAUCAUAAUAAUAGAUAAUAAUAAUGUAGUAAAAAUCAUUCAAUAAGCUUGAUCCACUUUAAAAUAUAUCCAAAAAACAUUUCUAAUAGACUCGAUUUCAACCUACAUGCAACCGGAGUUAAGUGUGAAAUAUCGGGUAUGCCUUACUAUAUUUUCACUGUAUAUAAAGGGAAGUAAUAAAAAGUGUAUAUGUAUACAUAUAUGUAGUUAUAUGGAUUUGUGUGUUGAAAAAAAAAUAUAACUGGGAUGUAUUAAGUAUAUUAUAUUUUUUGAUUGUCAAGAUAUAUUUUAAAUGUACAUAGAUAGGGUUGUAUCCAUACAGAUAUCAUUAUGUACGUAUGUUAUGUAAAUACUGGUAACGUGUAAAAUAUAUUAAAAUAAAUAUGAGAUUGAAAAAUAGAUAGUCACUGACUAACAA